AUGAAACAGCAACACCAAUUGUUUGCCAUGGGCGCCAGUGUCAUCAUAUUUUUAAUGGCAAGCCGCGUGUACAUGUUUCUGCAUGCGACUGAAGCCACAAUGAAGGUUUCCGCGAAAGAAGAAUGGUAUCCUUCCAUCAAAGAAUUGAAUACGCAAGACGAUGAUGAGCCCAGUGAAGAAGGAAUCCCAUUUGAGGCCAUGUUGGUGAACAAUAAACUAUCCACCACUCCGGCAAACACUACUACAAGCCAAGCGGCUGGCAACCCCAACUCUUCUUAUGUUCGAAAGUAG